AUGAAUCGUCUGCUGAGAAAUCAUGUCAGAAACAUCCGCCCAUAUUGCAGUAGCGAAGUAAAAUGCGACGAAGGCGAAAACAAAACAACCCCCUUGAACUUGGCAACGUAUAGGAGAGGCACCGGAGGCAGAGCGAGUUUCAGCGGCAUAGUAGCGACGAUUUUCGGUGCUAGCGGUUUUCUGGGCAGAUACGUCUGCAAUCGACUGGGGAAAAUCGGUUCGCAGCAAAUCAUCCCGUACAGGGACGACGGCAGCGAAAUUUUGCGGCUGAAGGUCGCCGGCGACCUGGGGCAGGUGCUGUUCACCCCCUUCCACCUCCGCGACGAAGAAUCCAUCGAGAAGGCCGUCAAGUACUCCAACGUGGUGGUGAACCUGAUCGGCAGGGAUUGGGAGACGAAGAACUUCAAGUUCCAAGACGUGCAUGUAGAUGGCGCGGCGAGAUUGGCCAGGUUGUCCAAGGAGGCUGGUGUGGAGAGGUUCAUACAUUUCUCCGCCCUGAAUUGCAGCGAACAUCCUACUAGUAUUUUUAUCAAAGGGGGGUCGAAGUUUCUGAUUAGCAAGCGGGAGGGGGAGUGCGCGGUUUUGGAGGAGUUUCCCGAAGCGACAAUAUUUCGACCGGCCGAUAUAUACGGGCAGGAAGAUAGGUUCGUUCGGUAUUACGUGGGACCUUGGCGACGUUUUAUGCAAUAUGUGCCUAUAUGGCAAAAAGGGGAACAAACCAUUAAGCAACCAGUCUAUUGCGUGGACGUGGCAGCUGCGGUUGUAGAAGCCAUUAAAAACCCAGAAACCAAAGGGAAAAUAUACCAAGCUGUCGGGCCGAAGCGUUACCUUCUUUCGGAGUUAGUCGACUAUUUCUUCAGGGUGAUGAGAAAGGGUCCUGUUGAGUAUGGUUACACGCGCUACGACAUGCGAUACGACCCCAUCUUCAAAAUGAAAAUCACCUUGUCAAACAUGCUGUCACCUAAUAACCCCAUAGGUAACCUGCACUGGGAGAGGCUGGAGAGAGAACACUUAACCGACAAUGUGGACCCAGAUCUGCCCACAUUAGAAGACCUGGGUGUACAUCUUACCACCAUGGAAAACCAGAUCCCGUACGAAUUAAAACCGUGGACUUACGGUCUCUACCACGGCAAAGACGCUAAUGAGCCGUAUGCACCAGCAGAACCACCCAAAGUAUCAACUUAUUAG